UGCGGCAGGGUCUGUCCCCCCUGCGCCGGAGCCCGGGGCCUGAGCCGUCGGCACAGGGAUGCAGGAUGCACCCGCUCUGGAGGAUGGAUCACUUUUUCAUCUACAUCAACGCAGCCCUGCUGUUUUAUUUUAGCUAUGCCAGCCUGUUCCUCGUGGAGGCAGACAGCCCGUCCGCUCCAGUCAAUGUCACAGUCAAACAUCUGAAGGCCAACUCGGCUGUUGUGACCUGGGAUGUUCUGGAGGAUGAAGUUGUUAUUGGAUUUGCAAUCUCCCAGCAGAAGAAGGAUGUGCGGAUGCUGCGCUUCAUCCAAGAGGUGAACACCACCACCCGCUCGUGUGCCCUCUGGGACCUGGAGGAGGACACUGAGUAUAUUGUGCAUGUCCAGUCCAUCAGCAUCCAAGGCCAGAGUCCAGCCAGUGAACCCGUCCUCUUCAAGACCCCCAGGGAAGCCGAGAAGCUGGCCUCAAAGAAUAAAGAUGAGGUGACGAUGAAGGAGAUGGGGAAGAACCAGCAGCUGCGAGCUGGGGAAAUUCUCAUAAUUGUCGUGGUGUUAUUCAUGUGGGCAGGAGUGAUCGCCCUGUUUUGCAGGCAGUAUGACAUCAUCAAAGAUAAUGAACCAAAUAACAACAAGGAGAAAGCCAAGAGUGCGUCUGAGAGCAGCACUCCCGAGCACCAGAGCGGAGGGCUCCUGCGCAGCAAGUUUCCAAAAAACAAGCCUUCAGUGAAUAUAAUCGAAGCAUGACGGCCUGCCAUCCGAUAGAUGGACUCCAUUUCUUGCUCUCCCUCUCUGCUUCUGAGCCCUGAUGACUGGGGAAGUGAAAUACUGUUGGAGUGGUUUGGAGAGACCUACUGGUUGUCAAGUUCUGGCAUAAAUCUCCUUGCCCUUGCUCUGCAAAAGACAACUGGAGAGAAAGAAAAAAAUCCUGGAAAAAAAACCCCACAUAAGCCACUGUCUGAGAAGGAAAAGCUUCUGUGAAACUGAUGCCUCAGGAGAUUCUGUAUCGGACUCACAAUUCACCCAGGCUGUAACAAAUCCCAACAGACUCAUCUUCCACCCUCCCGCCUCCUCUCUCUCCUGGAGUGAUUUGCCUCUCUUUGGAGAUCACAAAAUUUCAUUGUAUUUUGCUUCACUGUUGCCACGUGUUGACAGCAUCAACAUGGGCUCAGGCUGCAUUUGCCAUUUCUCUUCAGAGAAACGAGAAAGAAACACUAGACAGUGGCAGAGAUAAGGAUUGUGGCUGCUGUGUACUCUAAUCUCACUCCGUAGCACUCAUGUUUGGUGUGUAAUACAUUUUGCAGGUGGGAUUUUUUUGUAUGUUUGUUUUUAAC